AUGGGAGUUGCUGUUCGACCCUUCAAAGCCUCGCUCAGCCGGAAAAUCCGCCCCGUCCUCGUGUGCGUCUCGCUCCUGCUCCUCGUCGGCUUCGUCGGCUUUGAGCGCUGGGAAUCUCGCUGGCAGUAUGCUCUCCCGCUCGGCCUGGAAGCGGCCCUCCCGCAGCGCCUGCGUGUCCCGCCCCCGUGCCGCCCCGACCUCGAGCACCUGCGCCGCGUCGAGUACAACCUGACCCGGCAGAUUGUGUACCAGAAGCGGUGCGUCACCGGUCUCAGAGACCCUGCCGCGUCGCGAGACGUCGUGGCCAGCGAGCCGAGGCCCCUGCUCGACGCCGCGGCGAGCCGCGUGCUGGACCUGAGGAGCGCGUGCGACGGGUCCUUGCCGCAGGACGCGCCGUGCGACGCCAUCACCCUCCAGGUGCCGCCCCCCUUCCCCGCGGGCGGCUACGCCGAGUUUCUGUUCGGGGUGGCCUCGUCGUCCGAGAGGCUGAGCGCGUCCGUCCCGCAGUUCCGGCACUGGCUCGGCGGUACCAAGGCCCGCCUGCUCGCCGUCGUCACCGACACCGACUUUUCCCCUCGCCGCAUGAGCAGGCUCGCCGCGCAGUUCGAGCGGUCCGGCAUCCGCUUCAUCGGCGCCCGGCCCGACGAUCCGUCCGUCGGCGUCAACGAGCUGCACUUUGUCGCCGUGCGCCACCUGCUCCGCCACGCCGCCGCCGACACCCGAUGGGGCGUCAUCAUCGACGACGACACCUUCUUCCCGUCUCUGCACCCCGUCGCGCGGGAGCUCGCCAAGCUGGACGCCUCGACCCCCGCCUACGUCGGCGCCCUGUCCGAGAACAAGGACGCCGUCGACUUCCACGGGUACAUGGCCUACGGCGGCGGCGGCAUCUUCCUCUCGGUGCCGCUGCUCAAGCUGCUGGAACCCAACGUCGAGGCUUGCCUCAACGAGAGCAGGAUCCGCGAGGGCGACGGCAUGCUCAAGUACUGCGUCGACGACAAGACAGCCGCCAACUUCACCCAGGUCCAGGGGCUGCACCAGCUCGACUUUAGCGGCGACCUGGCCGGCUUCUACGAGUCUGGCAAAUGGCCUCUCAGCCUGCAUCACUGGAAGUCGUGGCACAAGGCCCCCGUCGACAAGAUCGCCCAGGUCUCCCACUUCUGCGGCCCGUGCCUCUUUCAGCGCUGGCGGUUCGGGCCCGACACCGUGCUCGCCAACGGAUACAGCAUAGCCGUGUACAGCAAGGGGACCGCGGACCUGCAGCUCGAUCGCAUGGAGGCCACCUUUCUGGACUCGGGCGCCGGCCAGGAUUGGGAGUGGAGUCUCGGUCCCAUGCGCGAAAAGCUGCCCAAGAGCGAAAAGAAGAGCUAUCUUUUGAUUGACGCCGAGGUCGUUGGCCGUCACCUGCGCCAAGUCUACGUCUACCGUCCCGAGCCCUCGAGCCCUCCAUCCGAGGAUGCGCCCAAAGACGAGGUCGUCGAACUGUGGUGGGACUGGAAAUGA